AUGUAUGAAAGUGGACUUGGGUCGGGAUCAUAUCACUCAACCUCCAUAUCCGGCGAACCAAGAUCAGCAAGAUCAAAUUUCGUACAGGAAGCAACAAUCCCACCGUUUCUUUUGACUUCACGACACAAUUACACAAACACCACUCGGAUAAAAAUAUGCAUGAAUGACUUAUGCGGAGCUUCAUUAGCAGCAGCUGGUGAUUAUAGGAAAGGUUGGGCUUUGCGGUCUGGUGAUUUUGCCAGACUUUGUAAUAAAUGCGGUACUGCAUAUGAACAGCUAGCAUUUUGUGAACUAUUCCACCUAGAAGACACUGGUUGGAGGGAGUGCAAUUCAUGUGGCAAGCGUCUCCAUUGUGGAUGUAUUGCUUCUACUGCUGCCAUUGAACUACUUGAAAAUGGUGGUGUAAGUUGUGCCAGCUGUUCAAAUAGUUUGAGACGUGACCCUAGCACAAGUGAGGAUAAGCCUGGAGAAUGUGGCAUUUCAGUAGAAAAUAGCAUUGGAGAAAUACCAUCAUCCUCUAAUAAAAUGUUGAAACAAUCAAACGAUAAAGGACAAAAAUACCCUCUUCCAUCUGAUAACGAUGACACAUCAACAUCUCAAAUGAAACAAGAAGAAAUCUUUCCCAUUUCAACUUUCGACCCUGUUCAUGGAACCAAAUCAUUUAAAUAUAGAGAAACUACAGGGGGUAAAGAUGUAAUUGGAUCACUUGUUCAAACAGACUUAACUAUGGGCUUAGCUUCUUCUUCUUCCUCUUCACAAAAGCCAGCUUUUCUUCUUCCUCUUGAUGGAAGGGAAUUGAAUAAACCCUUUCAACAAGGACCUUGGUCUCGCCAUAUUUUACCCAAAGUGCCCAAAUCCGUCUUUUCACAAGGAUUUGAUGCAAAUAUUGGAAUGAAUUCACAGAUAAGAAUUGCUAGGCCUCCUGUUGAAGGGCGUAUUAAAAAUCAACUUCUUCCUCGUUAUUGGCCUAGAAUUACAGAACAAGAGUUGCAGCAGAUAUCUGGAGAUUCAAAUGCUACAGUUGUUCCACUAUUCGAGAAGGUUCUGAGUGCCAGUGAUGCUGGUAGAAUUGGUCGUUUGGUUCUCCCAAAAGCAUGUGCUGAAGCGUAUUUUCCACCUAUUUCUCAACCAGAGGGGCUUCCAAUCAGAAUACAGGAUGUGAAAGGCAAAGAAUGGCUGUUUCAGUUCAGAUUUUGGCCUAAUAACAACAGCCGUAUGUAUGUUCUAGAAGGUGUCACUCCAUGCAUACAGUCUAUGCAGUUGAAAGCUGGAGAUACUGUGACAUUCAGCCGCAUGGAACCUGAAGGAAAGCUUCUUAUGGGCUUCCGAAAAGCCUCAGUUAGUUCUUCUGUACAGGAUUCUCGAAUGGGUGCAAUGCAUAGUGGAGUAUUUCCAAGUGGAUCUUCACCUUCUUUAUCUGGUGUUGAGAAUGUUUCAAAUAUGAGUGAUUAUUCUGGUCUUCUUCAGUCACUAAAGAGAAACACGGAUUCCCAUUUAAAUCCAUUGUCAAGGAAUAUGAGCUUGGCUAUUGGAGAUGCCAGCUGGCAUGCAAAUGAGAAGUCAAGGGCUGACUCAUUUCAACCAGACAAAAAAAGAAGUCGAAAUAUUAGUUCAAAAAGUAAAAGAUUAUUGAUUGAGAGUCAAGAUGCUCUUGAGCUGAAAUAUACAUGGGAAGAAUUACAAGAUAUGUUGACUCCACCUAACACUUUGAAUCCAACUAGUGUCACCAUUGAAGACCAAGAAUUUGAAGAAUAUGAAGAACCUCCUGUUUUGGGAAAGGGGAGCAUAUUCACUGCUCGCUCUUCUGGGGAACAAGAACAGUGGGCCCAAUGUGAUAACUGUUCAAAAUGGCGUAAAUUACCUGUUGAUUUUCUUCUCCCUGCUAAAUGGACAUGCCAAGAAAAUGUCUGGGAUCACACAAGGUCUGCAUGUGUUGCACCAGAUGAACUAGGCCCUAGAGAACUCGACCACCUUCUUAGACUAGCUAAAGAGUUUCACAAAUGGAGAAACUCCAUGAACCAAAAGCCACCACCAGAUCAAGACCAAGGGGAGAACCAGAAUCAGGUGGAGCCACCACCGGACCCGUCGGUUGCAACCACCACGAAACACCCAAGGCACCGCCCGGGGUGCUCGUGCAUAGUCUGCAGUCAACCGCCAAGUGGCAAAGGCAAACACAAGCCAAACUGCACUUGUAAUGUCUGUAUGACAGUUAAACGAAGAUUCAAAACCCUAAUGUUACGAAAACAACAACGCCAAUCAGAACGUGAAGCUGAAAUUGCAGAAAAAAAUAAUCAACUCAAAUUGGGUGUGGGCCCCACUUCGAAUCCUAAAGAAGAAACUGAAGGUGUUAUGAAGUCACAACAAUCAUCAGGAGGAGGAGGAGGAGGAGGAGGGGGGAAAGGUCAGUUGGAUUUGAACAUACGACCUCAUCCUCAUGUAAGCAUGAUGAGUCUUCUUCAAGCUGCAAAUCAGCCAUUAGAGACUUACAUGAAGCAGAAUGGUCUUACCACAUUAAUCCCUGAACCACAGGGCACUAGCUCUGGUUCACAGCCGUUACCACAACAAGGUAGCUCAACAGCUCAAGAUGAGCAGAAUAACCAAAACAGUUCGUAAAUUUGGAAUAUGUUUUUCUGGGUUUUACAGAGGUGGAAAAAGAAAAAGGAAAAAGGAAAAACUUUUUAUUGUUUUUUUUUGUGAAGUUGAUAUGUUGUAUUUUGUAGUACAAUUUGGGUGAGGAGUUGUUAUGUGGCGUUGUUUAGAAACGGGAUUUGAGAUAAUGUUGUACAACACAUGAACACACGUUACAUGUCUUGUACAAAAGAGUGUAAAGGGUGUUUGAGAUUUGGUUAUUUAAGGUGUUUGUUAGCUUAUUGUGGGUUGGUGAUGUUAAUAUAAGUAUUGUUGAGUGUGUAUGGAAUAAAACGAAAGGAAAAUGACUUGAUAAGGUAAGA